AUGGAUGAUGGGUGGUUAGCUGGUGUUUCUUAUUGUAAGAAUUUGAAGACUUUAAGGUUGGUGUCUUGUAAGGUUAUUGAUGGUAAUCCUGGAUUGGAGGAACAUUUGGGGUUUUGUAUUGCACUUGAAAGGGCUGCUAGGGAUGUUGUUCUUCAGGAUUGUUGGGGGUUGGAUGACUGCAUUUUCAGUUUGGCUGUUGUGUGCAGGCGGGUAAAAUUGUUCGACUUAGAAGGACGCUCAUUGCUUACAACCGACAGUUUAGAAUCUGUAAUCGAAUCCUGGAAGGAACUUGAGUGCCUUAGAGUUGUCUCUUGUAAAAAUAUAAAGGAUAGUGAUAUCUCUCCUGCGCUUGCAACGUUAUUUACCACUCAAGGAAUUGAAAUGGAGGCCAGAUACAAAACAUCUUCUGCCAUCAAGUCUUGCGGAGGUAAACAUGGGAAAAAAAGGCAAGAAGUUUUUCAAGUAGACAUGAUGCUUGAACUUGCUAUAUACUGUCAGAAUCUAGAAACAGAUACUCACUUGACACAGUGA